AUGAAAAGAGGAGAAAUCGCUGUUCGUGUUCUCCAAUCGGCAAGAGAAUUGCCUAAUCCAAUCGAGCUUUACGCUCUCUACACAUCAGGCGACAAAUCGCACUGCGAUCUGGGCCGACCACAACAUGCAAUAGAAAUCCCCUCGGCAUCAAGCUACCUGGAUAUCUCUUAUCUGGUCGAUUUGGUCAAGAAACAUUCCAUUGAUGCCGUCCAUCCGGGAUAUGGAUUCCUAAGCGAGAGCGCCGAAUUCGCGCAUCGGAUGUGGCACGAAGCCGGCUCAGUUGUAAUUGGGCCAGGGUGGGAGAAUCUAGCUCGAACAGGAGAUAAGCUGCAAGCGAAGCAGUUGGCCCAGAAAUGCGGGGUUCCAACCUUGGAUUUCAUGGUUGAAGCUACCGGUGAUGUGAAUGAAGCGCGUGCCUUCGCCAAGAAGAUUGGCCUCCCGGUGAUGAUCAAGGCUGUUGAUGGAGGGGGUGGUCGAGGCAUUCGUUUGGUGCAACAGGAGCCUGAUCUGGAAAAUAGUAUCCAGCGGGCGAUUGGAGAGUCGCCCUCUAGGUCUGUUUUUGUGGAAAAGGCUGCUGUGGAUGGGUUCCACCAUGUUGAAGUGCAAAUCAUCGGAGAUCGGACGGGCCAGGUGCGCCAUCUCUGGGAGAGAGAUUGCAGUGCUCAACGGAGGUUUCAAAAGGUUGUUGAAUGUGCGCCAGCUCUGAUGGACAGGUCUUUGAUCGGUGAGGUGAUUGGGGCUGCCCUCAGGAUGGCUGGGGAGGUUCGCUACGAAUCCCUUGGAACAUUUGAAUUCUUGGUCAGUGAGCAACGGAGGGAGUUCUACUUCCUCGAGGUGAAUGCUCGUCUCCAGGUUGAGCACACGAUCACAGAGGCUAUCAGUGGGAUAGACCUGGUUCAAACUCAGCUUCUUUUGGCUCAAGGGUGGACUUUGAAUGAAUUGGGCAUUGGGUCCCAGGUUCGACCAGACGGGCCACCCCCAAAUGCAUUUUCGAUUCAACUCAGACUAUGUGCCGAGGACCCAGACAAUGAUUUCAGUUUGAGCAUUGGCAAAGUCACUGGCUUCAACGUUCCGAGUGGCCACGGGAUCCGAUUAGACACCAAUGUCGAUAUAUCUGGAGCAUCUCCGCUAGUGGUUGGGUCGAAUUUCGACAACUUGCUGGCCAAGAUCAUCGUUACCGCACCGAGCUGGGAAGCAACCGUCCGCAAGGCUCAACGUGUCCUAGCAGAUUCUCGGGUCGAGGGCGUGACCACAAACAUCAAUCUCUUAAGAGCUAUUGUGGCCCAUCCUGAUUUCAUGUCUGGCCAGGUCGACACGCAGUGGCUUGGGCUCAACCUUGACACAAUCCUGCAGCAGGGCAUGCAAAUAACGGAGAAGAUUUCCAUCCCAAAUAGAUAUCUCGGGGUCUCAAAUCCAGCGCACCAAGCCGCACUCCCGACAUCAAAUCUACUAUUCCGCAAAGGAGACGCUUGGUCAAUAACACUGGAGCCAUUGCCAAACGACAGCCAGAGACUUGAGAAAUUCACACAUCAUCUUAGCCUCUCACGGGUCCUCCGAAACGAAUUCCCCAAUUCACUUACAGCAGAGAUCGAAUACACAACACCGACCUCUCGGACCGCUAUUCCUUAUCGGAUGCAAUUAGACACAACCACGACCACAGCCUCAGCAUUGGUCUCAUCCCAUCGACGAGGUGACCCAAGAAAUCCGCAGCACAUCGUUCUCCCAAUUUCCGGCAGAUUAAUUGAAAUGCUGGUAUCCGAUGGGGAUGAUGUAGCCAAGGAUCAAGUCUUGGCCUUCGUGAAGCAGAUGAAGAUGGAGCUCGAGGUGCGCAGCCCUCGAAGUGGAAAAGUGAAAUGGGUUUAUGAGAUGGAGGAAGAGGAAGAAGAUGUUGCAGAGGGCAUAUUGUUGGUUGAACUGGAGGGAGGUGAGCUUCGAGGGAAGCUGUGA